UGGAAACUUCUCACCACCCUACGUCCCCAACCCCUUUUCCCCCACCUUUUCCAUUAUUUUAAUCUCAUUUUCAUCUAUUUAAUCGCCCUCUUCCUUCACUCAUAAACCUCUUCCUUUUCACCCUUUCUCUUUUCUAUAAACAAAACUCAUCAUUCCUUCAUUCAUCAAUCAAUCCAUCAUUCAAUCAUUCAUUGCUAUUGCUAUUGUUAAUUACAAUUAGCUCUCCCGAUUCCAAUUCCAAUUCAUACUCGAAAUCUGAUCCAUAGAUGUUAGAGACUAAUUAAUGUCUCCUGUUCUCAGUGAAAUUCUCCGGUCCGGUUUUACCAUCAACUCCUCACUCCGUCGCCGGACUCAUCUCGUUCAAUCCUUAUCCGUCGUCUUCCUCUACUGGUUCUACGUCUUUUCAUGAACUAACACUUCUUCACUCCGUUAGCUUCAUAUAUCUAUACCUUAUUCUACACUCAAUUCAGUUAAAACCUCUUAGAUCUCAGAUCUAAAUUCAAUUACACAAGUUUAUUUUCUUGAUUAACUUUAUUAUGGCUUCUUCAAGUGGAAACUCGUCUCAGAUCGGAUCCGAAGAGGAUCUGAUGGAUCUAAAGAAGAGGAAGCGGAUGCAAUCAAACCGCGAGUCGGCACGGAAAUCGAGGAUGAGGAAACAGAAGCAUCUGGAUGAUCUAACGGACCAGAUCAACCAGAUGAAGAAAGAUAACGCGCAGAUUCUCGCCACGAUUAACAUGACAACGCCACAGUAUGUUAAAGUGGAAGCAGAGAACUCUGUUCUUAGGGCUCAGAUGAGUGAGCUGAGUCAGAGGUUGGAUUACCUUAAUGAGAUUAUUAAUCUCAUGAGCUACAAUAGUACUAGUACAAGUAAUCAUCAUUGCAUGAGUGGUGGUGGGGUAUUUGAGUUUGAUUAUCAUCAUGAUUUGAUGAACAAUCCUUGGGCUGCCGCUGCUGAGAUGUUACAGUACUAGUAGUGGUGUUUUAAUAAUUAUUGGGUUUGGUUUUUCUUUUAUUGGUGGCUGUGGUUGAUUUGGGUGUUGAAAUAAAAAGUGGGAUGUUUGUAUCUUAAAAUCAAGGCUGGUAUCCACUGAUUUCAAUAUAUAUGUUUAUUAUGUCUUUUCUUUUUGUUGUCAUGUAAUGUUAUAAAGUUAUGUUGGUAUUAUUUUUUUUUUUUUUUUUUUUUUUGAACGGCCAACGAAUCCUCCAAAUGGGCUACUUUGUAAAGUUAUGUUGGUAUUAUAUUAUGUUGAACUUGUUAUUAAAUC